AUGGGGAAAUCCAACAAAUAUCGUCCCAGUUCACGCUCACCCGAGCGCCGCGGCGGCGACGGCGACCGCUAUGAAAAACACCACAAGAAGAGGUACGACGACGGGUCGGGUGAAGAGUAUUCUGGCGAUGGGGGGCCAAGCAGAGUGAAGGAUGAUGAAUAUUACCGCGAGAAGGAACGCAGAAAGCGUGAGAAGGAAGAGAGGAAGGAGAGGAAGCGCAGAGAAAAGGAAAAAGAAAAGAGCGGGGAAUACGGUAGCCCUGGGCGCCGUCGGAGUCGUGAACGGAGCCGUGAGCGCAGCCAUGAGCGACACCGCGAGGAAGAGGGAACGAGGGGAUAUGGCAGUUAUGUGCACCCCCCAGCUGACCCAUACGGAUACGCGACGCAAGGGCAAAACUAUCAACCUCCGCCACCUCACGGGGAGCAUUAUGGUGCCCAACCCGGUCACGGAUACCAAGCCCCGCCACAUGAGAGCGGAUACACAACGACGGGCCCCGGGUACCCGGAUUGCCAACCGUCCCCAUAUGGGCCCGGCGCCUACACCUCGGGCGGGUAUCAGCCUCCGCCGCCUGUGCAGGGCCACCCACAGCCCCCCCCAGGCUAUGGGGGGUUUCAAGGGCCACCGGAAUCUCCUAAUUAUGCGACGGGAGGCUUCCAGGGUUAUCCCCCUCCUCCUGGCCCACCCCCCACUUCGCAACAGUACGGGGAAUAUGGCGGAGCAAGCGCAUCCUAUAGCUAUCCCCCUCCCUCCUCCUCCUCCCCCGCAACAAGAAUAUGGAGGAUACGGACAGGGGGGGGAUGGGCAAUCGCAGCAUCCAGUGCCCCCGAGUCACCCCGCAGCUUCACAGGGCUACUCAGCAUAUGCAUCACCGCCUCCACCGCCACAGGUUACCGCGGGUGGAGCUACCGGAGGCCAGCACUACAAACCUCAGCACCAUUCCGCUCAACAGCAGCAGGCGUACUACGGGCAUGACUUGGGAUCAGUCGGCCACCCAACUGGUGGCUCAACCGCCGUUCAAUUUGAGAAUACUAACCCCGCCAAUCCUCACUCCAAGCCUUCUACCGGGUCCGGGGGCUUUGCAGUUUCUGCGCUCGAGACCUUUACCGGUGCGCUCACUAGUUCACUGCAUUCGUACGCCCGUACUCUUUUCCCGGCCACAAGUGCCCACAAGCCUGUCGCCCAGUACGGUGCCCCGGGCGAGAGCGGAGUCCCGGCUCAGCAGACGGAGAACAGGUUUGACUCGUUUUCCCGGGAAAAGACGGGUAACGGAGUAAAGUGGUAUGUUGAUGGAAAAGAUUAUAUGUAUGCUGUAAGCAUUGCGAUAGAGAAUGCCCGCCAGAGCAUCUGGAUUCUAGACUGUGCGUUCCCGGGCUCACCCCAAUUGCUUUCUGCCAGAGGCUAACCCGAUAUCUUACCAUUAGGGUGGUUAAGCCCUGAGCUCUACCUCCGCCGGCCUCCCAAGCUGAAUGAACAAUAUCGGAUUGAUGCGAUGCUCAAGGCUGCAGCGGAACGCGGGGUUAAGGUUAAUGUUAUCGUGUACAAGGAGGUUACUCAGGCCCUAACGCGUAAGUACCUAAACCCACUCCUUUUCCAACAUGUCUCAAACCGUUCUCCCCCAAACACACUCCCGAAACCAUUAUCAAUUCUUUCCUCCCUUGCCUCAGAUGUCGCUCUCCUCUUUUCCUUUGAUCGCCUAGAGACUUUAGAAGCUAAAUACCCUGUUCUGCAUUCCCGUGAGGCCGGCGGUGUCAUUACAGUUAGUUCGCAUCACACUAAAACUUCACUUGAGAAACUUCACCCCAAUAUCACUGUAUUUAGGCAUCCUGACCAUCUUCCGGAUAGGCCCACCAUUCAAAAUGACAUUUGGAAUAAGGUGACUACAGGGACCUAUCAGUUAGGAGAUGGAUUGAAGGGAUUGUACGGCAUGAAGGAUGGCGUGACUAUGUAUUGGGCACAUCAUGAGAAGCUAUGCCUCGUCGACGGAGAAAUUGCAUUUAUGGGCGGACUGGAUUUGUGCUUUGGUCGUUGGGAUAUGAACCAUCACCCAAUCGCUGAUGCGCACCCUGGCGAUCUCAGGGCAAUUAUCUUCCCAGGGCAGGAUUACAACAACUCUAGGUGAGCAAUCUUUGAUCGAUAACUGAUGAUCGCAUACCAACCUGUGUUCAACAAAGGUUUAUGGAUUUCCACACCGUCGACCAUUGGGAACAGAACAAGGUCAAGCGCGAAGAACACUCUAGGAUGGGGUGGUCUGAUGUUGCACUAUCCCUAAUUGGUCCUUCUGUCAGGGACCUCCAGAGACAUUUCCUUGUGCGCUGGAAUUUCAUAUACGAUACUAAAUACAAAGUGAGGAAACAAGAGAGAUUUCAGCCGCUCGAUGACCGCAUACUACACGAGAGAGGGCACUACCGACACAAGAUAAAAGACAAAGUUCAUCAUGUCGGAAAGAAGUUACUUGAGGGGGAUGAUUACGGCUACGACGAACCCCGCGGGAGUUAUGAGGAUGAAAGAGCAUACAGCGAAAGGAGACGUAACGAAGUGGAGGGUGUACGCUGUCAGAUUGUCAGAAGCUCUUCUAAAUGGAGUCAGGGACUCCCCGCAACAGAGGUGAGUCUCAGGGCCUUGUUCCUGGCGGACUUGUUUCUUAACAUAUCACAACCUAGCACUCGAUUGCGCAUGCAUAUAUCGAGAUAAUAAGCACGGCAAAGCACUUUAUUUACAUCGAAAACCAAUUCUUCAUCACUGCCACGGAUGAAAAGCAGAACCCCAUCCUCAAUAAGAUUGGUCGUGCGAUUGUCGAUCGAAUUCUCCGUGCCGAUCGAGAGCGCCAGAAGUUCAAAAUGAUAAUCGUCAUCCCCGCAAUCCCGGCCUUUGCCGGUGAUCUCAAGGAUGAGGGUAGCCUUGGAACCCGAGCAAUCAUGGAAUUCCAAUAUCGGUCUAUCAACAACGACAGAGGUUACUCGAUAAUGGAGCAAAUCGCGAAAGCCGGUGUCGAUCCCAAGAAAUAUAUCAGAUUCUACAAUCUGAGGAACUAUGACCGUAUCAACGCCGGCCGUGCAAUGGCCGCGGGCGAGGCAAGUUCUGGCGUAAGUUACCCUGCUGCGGCAGAAGCCCACGACCAGCAAGUCGGCGGGACCUACGGAGCUUACGGGUACGGUGGUAUCCAUGGCGACGAAUAUAACAGAUACCAGCAAUCCACUCCGCGCUCCUCCGUCGGCCCUGAGUGGGAUUCGGUCUCCCAAUGCUCUAUGCUCGGGGGCGGUGACAUCCGCUCAGCGCCUUGGGACGGCGAUGCCCAGCAAGAACUCGACGCCUUUGUUUCCGAGGAACUUUAUGUGCACUCCAAGCUCCUAAUAGCCGACGACAGGAUUGUGAUCUGCGGGUCCGCAAACUUGAACGACAGAUCCCAACUCGGCGACCAUGACAGCGAGAUAGCGAUUAUAAUCGAAGACCCCACGCCCCUCCCAUCGCUUAUGGGCAACAAUCCCUAUACAGCCUCACACUUCGCCGCAACCCUCCGCCGCCAAAUCUUCCGAAAACACCUCGGCUUGAUCCCCGCUGCGAACCUCACAACCGUGGACGAGAAUAUGCACCCGGUCCCCAUACCGAACAUCUAUGACUUUGACUCGCAGGAGGACACGAUAGUGAGAGACCCACUCUCGGAAACCUUCGAGAACUUUUGGGAUUACACUGCGCGCACCAACACCGUUGCUUUCGAGAAGGUCUUCCACGCUGUGCCCACGGAUAAAGUCGCGAAUUGGAAGGACUACGACGAGUACUGGGGCAAGCACUUCCGUGUCCCGCCCGGCGAGAAUCAGCAGCCCAAGAUCAAGUGGGGACACGUCGUCCGGGAUGAGUUCAACCCCGAUCCGAGAAUUGCGGUUGGUGAGAUUAAGAAUGUGCUUGCGACGGUUCGCGGACACCUUGUGGAGAUGCCGUUGGGGUUUUUGAGGGAGGAGGAUAUUGCCAAGGAAGGGUUGGGGUGUAAGUUUCUUCCCCUCCAUUGUUUGCGAUUGGAAGUGUGCGCGUACUAAUAUAUGCUUGGGGGUUCAGUAAAUGCGAUUACAGAGAGUCUUUAUACCUAAAGUGCCUUGUGUUUAUGGUCGGGGAAGGGAGACGGAUAUAUGUGUUCCGGAUUAGUUUUCGUUCAUCCAACUCACUGUUAU